ACCGUUGUUUAUAUUCCAUACAAAAAAAAUUUGCUAAACAAACAAACAAGCAUUUCUCAAGAAAUCCUGGAAUCAGCCAUGGAGAAGUGUUUCAAUCCCGAAACCCAAAUCUACUCAUCGCAUCGACCUCCCGUUAACUUUCCCACCGAUCCCAAACUCUCGUUGACCUCCUUCCUCUUCCGAUCCUCCGCUUCAUACCCUAACAGAACCGCUCUAAUCGAUGCCGAUUCCGGUCAAACCCUAACCUUCCUCAAACUCAAAACCCAAGUCUCCAAGCUCGCCCACUCCUUGGUUCAGCUCAACAUCAAGAAAAACGACGUUGUUCUAAUCUUCGCCCCGAAUUCGAUUCACUUCCCGGUUUGCUUCUUCUCCAUAGCGGCUCUCGGCGCCAUCACCACCACCUGUAACCCAUCCUACACCUUCACAGAGCUCUCCAACCAAGCCAAGGACUGUAACCCCACUCUCGUCAUAACCGUCCCGGAACUAUGGGAGAAGGCGAGAAAACUAAAUCUUCCGGCGAUCAUUCUACCUUCUCCAUCGAAUUCGAAACUAAGCUCCAAAUCUGAAUUCUGGUUCUUCUCCGAUUUGACCAGAAAAUCGGACCGAUUCUCAGAGCUGCCGAUAAGUGAUGUCAGACAAUCAGACGUUGCGGCGCUUCUGUACUCGUCGGGGACGACGGGGAAGAGCAAAGGAGUGGUCCUGAGCCAUAAGAACUUCAUUACGACGUCGUUAAUGGUGACUUCGGAUCAGGAUCGGUACGGAGAUCCACAAAACAUUUGUAUGUGUUUCUUGCCGAUGUUUCAUAUAUUUGGGCUCUCGGUGAUCGCGUAUUCGCAGCUGCGGCGAGGGAACGGUGUCGUUUCGAUGGGGAAGUUUGAGUUGGAGGGUGCGUUGAGGGCGGUGGAGAUGUACAGAGUGACGCAUUUGUUUGUGGUUCCGCCAGUCAUGAUCGCUUUAGCGAAAGAGAGUGUUGUCGUAAGGAGAUACGACUUGUCGUCUGUGAAGGAGAUUCUGAGUGGGGCUGCUCCGUUGGGGAAAAAUGUCAUGGAACAAUGCGCUCGGAAUGUUCCUGGUGCUGCCAUUAUUCAGGGUUAUGGAAUGACAGAAACUUGUGGAAUAAUUUCUAUAGAGGACAGUAAGAAAGGGUGUCGAUUUUCAGGUUCAACUGGCAUGCUUGCACCUGGAAUUGAAUCCCAGAUUAUGGACACUAAAAGAUGGAACCCUCUUCCACCAAAUCAAGAGGGAGAGAUUUGGCUUCGAGGACCUAAUAUGAUGCAAGGCUACCUAAACAAUCUAGAGGCAACAAAAUCAACCAUAGAUGAACAGGGUUGGGUGAAAACAGGAGAUAUUGGAUACUUCGAUGAAGAAGGACAACUAUUUGUUGUGGAUAGACUUAAAGAGCUCAUCAAAUGUUAUGGUUUUCAGGUGGCUCCAGCUGAGCUUGAAGCUUUGUUACUUUCCCACCCUGAAAUAUUAGACGCUGUGGUGAUUCCAUUCCCUGAUGAGAAAGCUGGUGAAGUCCCUAUUGCAAAUGUUGUUCGCUCACCCAAUAGCUCUCUAUCAGAAGAAGAUGUUCAAAGAUUUAUUGAGAAACAGGUUGCCCCAUUCAAAAAAUUGAGGAGAGUAACUUUUGUAAGCAGUGUACUCAAGUCACCAGCAGGAAAGAUUUUGAGGAGAGAACUCAUUCAGAAAGUCCGAUCCAAGAUAUGAAACUUGGGCCAUUUCAUUGGGCUUAUGAUUCCUUUGACACUUGGGCCAUAAUCACCACUUUGAGAUCCCAUUACUCUCAUUGAUUCUCUAUAGGGCAUAGCAUACUAUAUGCUUUUGACAUUUAAUCCAAUUUUUAAAAAAAAAAAAAAAGUUAAAUAAGAACUAUGAAGUACUAUUGAUCUAUUAUGGUAUAUUGUUCAUAGAGAAUAAUUUUCUACGAAGUCAUUGAUUAGUGUGGACUCCAUGAUCGUAUAAUGUUUGAUAAAUGUUUCUUUUC